AACUACAGUUAUUAAAUGACUUGGGAAAAGUCUCAGCCACAAUAAUGAAAGGGUUAUCAAGCAGCCGAGGCCACCAUCACGCAACCAACUGUGACCCUUCGUAUGAUACACUGUCCCACCAGCAGGAGAGAAAGCCAUACAUACUCAAUCCAGUUGACUCCCACUCUGGAGAUCAUUCCUAUUGCACCCAACGGAACUCAUUUCACUCAGAAUGCAUUGUUCCAUUCAAUGACCAAAUGUCUAGUAGUACUUUUCCCAGAAGACAUUAUAGUUCACAGCAUGACCUUAAGGAUGAAUGUGCCCUGGUGCCUGCACCUUCAUCCAAUAAAACCAAUCGCAUCCCUGCCAACCUCCUAGACCAAUUUGAGAGGCAACUCCCAAUCCGUCGUGAUGGGUUCCACACCUUACAGUAUAAACGGACAGCCCUGGAACAUCGGAGUGAAAGCCCAGGAAGGAUCCGCCACCUGGUUCACUCAGUGCAAAAGUUGUUUACUAAGUCACAUUCUCUGGAAGGGCCUUCCAAAGGAAAUACAAAUGGCAAUAAAGCAAAUCCUGAUGAUGUACAUGCGCUGAAACGUGGCAAGCGCAGCAAGAGCAAAGAUAGGAAGUCAGAACUGAAGAACAAAUCUAAUAUUUCAGGAUGGUGGAGCUCAGAUGAUAACUUGGACGGUGAUGUAUGCAUUUAUCAUGGGCCAACAAAUGUGAUGACCAUGGGUCGAUGUCCUGACCGUUCAACAUCUCAGUACUUCAUGGAAGCUUAUAAUACUAUCAGUGAGCAGACGUUAAAAACCUCCAGGAGCAAUAAUGACAUGAAAUGCACAACUUGUGUAAAUAUCCCUCUGAAUGUUGAUACACAAAUCAUGAAGAAGAGCUCGUGGUCUUCAACGUUAACAGUGAGCCGAGCCCAUGAAGUUUAUCAGAAAUCCUCGGUGAAUCUUGAUAAUAAAACUGUCAUGAAAUCGGAAACAUGUCAGAAAGAACGUUCGUGCCAGUUUCUCCAGGUUCCACAAGAUGAAUGGAGUGGUUUUUCUCCACAAGGCAAAGAAGAUGAAAUUCCUUGUCGACGAAUGCGCAGUGGCAGCUACAUUAAAGCAAUGGGAGAUGAUGACAGUGGGGACUCAGACACCAGCCCUAAACCUUCUCCAAAAAUUUCUGCACGACGUGAGAGCUAUCUCAAGGCCACCCAUCCAUCCCUAACAGAGCUCAGCACACUCAAGAUAUCAAGUGAACAUUCUCCCAAACUUCAGAUACGAAGCCACAGUUACUUAAGAGCAGUCAGCGAAGUCUCAAUUAAUCGAAGCUUGGACAGCUUGGAUCCGGCGGUGCUUCUCGCCUCACCCAAAUUCCGCUCUCGUAAUGAGAGUUAUAUGAGAGCCAUGAGCACCAUCAGUCAGGUGAGUGAAGUGGAAGUUAAUGGACAAUUCGAAUCUGUUUGUCAGUCAGUGUUUAGUGAACUGGAGUCCCAAGCAGUCGAAGCACUGGAUUUGCCCGGAUGUUUCCGUAUGCGAAGUCACAGCUAUGUGAGGGCUAUCGAACGUGGCUGCUCACAAGAUGAUGAAAGCUUGUCACUUAGGUCAGCAUCACCACCACGAACAACCACGACGGUGAGGACCAUCCAAAGCAGUACUGUGUCAUCAUGUAUUACUACAUAUAAGAAGAAUCCUCCUCCAGUUCCACCACGGACUACAAUUAAACCAUUCAUCUCGAUCACUGCCCAGAGCAGCACUGAAUCUGCUCAAGAUGCAUAUUUGGAUGGCCACACCCAGAGGGGUGACCUAAACAGCCAGUCAGGACUAAGUAAUUCUACAGAAAGUUUGGACAGUGUCAAAGCCUUAAAUGCUGCUAUUGAAGCUGCGAAUGCACAGGUUCAUGGACCUUCUGACAGCCAACAGCACAUUGACAGCACAUCAGCAAAUGACAAGGGAAUCCUGCCAGCAGAGGAAUCAAAAGGGGAUGUUUUGAGGAAAAACAAGUGUUCUUCUGUCGGAAUACAGGUUAACGGACCUGAACAGCCUGCUUUAGCGAAUUUCAAUGCAAAUAAAUUCCAGUCAGUAGGAGUUCAAGUGGAGGCGGAGAAGUGCUUUCGAAGAUUUACACGGUCAAACAGUGUGACAGCAGCAGUACAGGCUGAUCUGGAUGACCAGGAAAAUUCAGAAGGCUCUUUAGGACCCCAGGAAGUGGCUUCAGGCCCAUUGUUAAGGCAGUUCUCCAAAGAUGCAAGUACAUCCACAGCUAGCGUACUUGGAGUGGAAGGAAACCAUUUGCAGGCCUGUGCGCAGGAGAAUGAAUUUGACUCAGAUUUUGAUCCUUCUUUUCUGCCGCCACCGGAACCCUGGAUUGACUCUGCAUCAGAAACCAAAGUAGAAGCAGGCAAAAGAUCAGUGUGUGAAAGGGAUGGGCGAUGGUUCAUGAAGUUGCUUCAAGCUGAAAAAGAGCGAAUGGAUGCCUGGUGUCAACAAAUGGAAAAAGAAGAACGAGAUAAUGAUCUUCCUGAGGAAAUUUUGGGGAAAAUCCGAAGUGCAAUUGGAAGUGCUCAGCUCUUAAUGUCCCAGAAGUUCCAACAAUUCAGUGGACUAUGUGAAGAAAACAUGAAUCCGAAUGCUUGUCCUCGACUAACCUCCCAAGACUUGGCAGGAUUUUGGGACAUGUUGCAGUUGUCUAUUGAAAAUGUCAGUAUGAAAUUUGAUGAGCUGCAUCAACUGAAGGCAAACAAUUGGAAGCAGGUGGAACUUCGUGAAAAGAAGGAGAAAAGAAUUCCCCCUCCCGUGCCAAAGAAACCACCAAAGGGUCAAGUGCCCCUCAAACGUGAAAAAUCGCUGGAAGCCACAGAGAAACAAAGGCAGGAGGCACGGAAGCGCCUGAUGGCAGCCAAGCGAGCUGCAUCUGUGAGACAGAACUCUGCCACAGAGAGUGCGGACAGCAUUGAGAUCUAUAUCCCAGAGGCCCAGACCAGACUAUAAGCCACACUGGAUAGUAACUGUGAUAACUUUACAAUCACAGAGCGAGUUGUUUGUAGCAUAUUCAUGUUACAGGUUCAUUAGAGAUACAACCAAGUGUUUGUAUCCCUUCAAGCCCUAUUGGAGCAUUAAAAAUCAGGACAGUUAUGAGCAGGUGUGGCAUUCUUAAUAAACCCAGGAAAAGGAUUGUAAACUGCUCUAACAUAUUCUACCAUUAAUGUAGCUACAUAAAAUACUUGCUAACUGCCAUGUCAUUUGCAUGGCUUCACAUUAAUUGUUGUUGCUGUUGCAUUUUUGUAAUUUCUGUAUUCUGGCUCCAUUGAAUCAUCCACAUAUACAGUUAAGUUUCAGCUACUGAUGGUAGUUUAAAUACAAUUAAGAAAAAAUGUUAAAAUGUAUGUUUGCACAGCAAUAGAAAACACUUUAAUACUGCUGAAAGGUCUUUUGGGAAAUUGAUGUCUUCCUAAGCAUAGAUGUUAGAAUUUAGGACCAAGAUUAAUUAUUUCAGAAUAGAUGAAUACAUAACUCUUAACACCUCACACUUUUGUAACUGGAUUUUGACAGCAGUGAACCAUAAAUGUACAAACAGCACCAUGAACAAAUGGCAAGGAACAUUGUCUUUUGUUCUUUGAAGUGCACAACCUUCAGAAACUACAUGCAUUCACAAGCACAUGGGUUAACAGUGAUGCAUUAAACACAAACUAAAAUCUUGAAUGGCAGAUUUUAAAGAUGUCCCAUGGAUUGUCCAUCUGCUCCAGCAGUUGUUACAAAAGGGAGGAAUGGCUGGGAAAGAGAAUCUUUUUAUAAUGAGCGAAAUGGGAUAGUUGCAGGCAACUCAUUAGAUAAAUUGAGUAAAUGAAAGCCAUGAGUAAAAUGGGCUUCCUAAUCUUUGUGUUCCCUAAUUCCAUGUAAAUUCAAGAAUAGCACUGGAGUGCUUCUUUCUGUACUUUUUAAUUGGCAGUAGUUUGGUAAGAGCAUAUGGAAAUGGGAAAAUCUAAUCGAUAAACAUGUCAUUGUAAAUGAGCCAUUUGAGUGAUGCAGUAAAUAUACAGUGUAUACUUUUGAAAGGUAUUGCCAAUCAUGGUUAUGAUGUUUAUUUACAGAGGAGGGGUUUGCUUCUAAAAUUCACCAGAUAAGGGCUAGUGAUUAUUUGCCGUAUCCUGAGAACAAACUGAUCUGAUCCUAUCAGGUGUCUGACAUUUUUUUAACUGAGUCUUUUAUCAAUUUCCCUUUGAUCUAUAAUAUCCAAUACUUCACUGUUACGAUUUGUACAUGCUUUUGAUUGAAAUGUGUCCAAUGAUGUAGCUGCUAGAGUAAAAUUACCAGUUAUAAGUAAUGUACUUUUGUCAGUGUGCUAAGCUCUUUCAUUUUCUAUUAUUACACUUUAAAGAACUUGGAGACCUGGGCUGGUAAUGCAUUACUUAAAUGCAUUAAUCUGUGCCUAUUAUAAAUAUAUAUAUACAUAUGUGAUAUGAAAAUAAUUUCUUUUUUUAAAAAAAACAAGUAUGUGUUUUUGUCUAGACAGAAAUGUUUCCCCUCAUUCUCUCCGCCCUCCUCCCAACCCCUGAAAACAUGUGGUUUGCUCAGAGUUAUUGGGUAAGAGAACCUAUGUUAAAUGUUCAUUGUACUGCAUCACUAUUCAAUCACCUGGAAACAGUCAUAUGAAAUUUUAAAACCUACAAUGUUCGUUUGUGGUGAACCUUUACUGUGAAUUUGGAGGACAACAUACCUGAACAAUUUGUUGGAAAAUGGUACUUCCUGUAUCUCCAUUGGUGGCAUUUCCUUGUUCUCUGCACUUGUGGCCUAAAUAAUUGGCUUUAGCCUCUCUCACAACUUUCUAUCCACCUGGGCUUAAUAGAGCAAUAUGUGGAUGUCACCCUGCACUCUUUUUUUAAUACAAGUAUGAAUCAGUAGAACUGUUCUACCAGAAUACAUUGAUUGCUUGUGAAAGUCAGUAACUGUGAAUGAUGUUACUUCCCACAGCGUAUGGAAAGAAAAAGUAAAUUAUUUGUGUGACCAAGAUUAAAAGCUUGUGGCAACUGGGCCCAAUAAAACUCCCUAACUAUGUAUCCAACCACUGGUCAGAUUUCAAGAUGAAUGGUAUAUGUAAAAGUUGUUAAAUUUUUGUUACCUCAUUUAUAUUUAUUGUUUAAAUGGAAUCCUUAACUUAUCAAUGACUAAAGAGAUUUCUCUGUAAUUCAAAUUACUAGGAGUAUGGGAUACUGAAUAGAAAGCAAAUUACCAGAGAAACCUGAGAUGAAUUCCCACUCUAAUUUCAAAAUAGUUUGUGCAAUGGUAGUGUUUAAUUAUUCAAAUAAAGUUUUCUGUAAAUAAUUGGAUGUUUCCCAUGAUGUAAAAAAAUUACUUAAUUAAAAUGAUGUACACUUAA